AUGAUGACAGUACUGGAUACUCUCCAGACUGCUCUUAAGAAGAACCAGGACAGGGUAUACUUGUUACGCUUGGAAAGGGAUCUUGUUGGGUUUUUAAAGAGUGCUGGGAAGGUCCCGCAAUUUGUUAUCAUGAGUGAUGUUUUGAUAAAUUCAUAUUAUCGACUUUUAAGUCAUCAAUUGUGUCAAUAUUAUUCAUUGAUACAUAUCAAUGGAUCAAAUGGAGAAAUUUUAGUUUCAUUGAAUCCACAGAAAGAUUAUCUGGAGAUUAUUGGACCCAAUUGUAAAUUUCAACCAUUGUCACAAUUAUAUCAAGAGACGAUAACAACAGUGGGCGAAGUAAAUGAUUCACGUCCCUUGGUUAAAGUAAAACCGAAAAUGCUUAAAAAGAGAGAUACAUCCACAGCGACUCAAAACAAUGUAGGUAUAGAACAACAAUUGCCAGUACCAGGAGUAAAUAUAAAUGGUACAAAUGAAAUAGAAUCAGAAAGAGCUUCUAAAGAGGCAUUAUAUAACAAGAUACGAGAACAAAUAUUUCAAGAUGGUGAAAGUGAAGAAGAUGAGAAUGAUGAUGAUGAAGGAGAAUAUGGAAAUUAUGAACAGAAUUCAUCAAAGACUGGAUUCAAAAAUAUGAAUAGAGGAACACAUGCAUACCAAAACUAUAUACGGCAUAACCAAAACAAUGUACCAUACAUGCCCCCUUUCAACCAGUUUCAGCCCCUGCCAUCAAUAAGUGGUGCUGGUAUUACUUCUCAUACGUCUGCAUAUGCAGCACCUCAACAACAAGAAUACUUUAGAUACGAUCCUGAAACAGAGAGGAAAAUAUUAAAUAAUCCAUACAUUAUAGUUCCAGACCGACCUAUAGGGCCAUCAGGACCAUCGGGACCAUCGGGACAGUAUGAACAACAAGUUCAACCCACACGUCAAUACCAACAACUAGGCCAGGGACAAUAUAAACAGUACCAACAGCACACCCCUUCAUAUAGACCACAUUCACUGCUGUGA